AUGAAGAAGCGGGUAGCCGAGAUGGAAUCCGAAGCUGCGAAGCUGCGCGAAAUGCAGGCCACCCUUGACCAGCAAUCCGAGAACCUACGAGAGGACAAAGAAGAGAUUGAUGCCCGGAGUAUUUUCGUCGGCAACGUCGAUUACGGAGCUUCGCCCGAGGAGAUCCAAGCACACUUCCAGAGCUGCGGUUCGAUAAACCGCGUCACCAUCCUGUUGGAUAAAUUCACGGGUCAACCCAAGGGGUACGCCUAUGUAGAGUUCGCCGAGCCCAGCCUGGUGGCUCAGGCACUUGUUCUGAACGAGAGUGUGUUCCGCGGCCGGAAUCUCAAGGUCGUUCCCAAACGGACCAACGUUCCCGGAAUGGCUCGAGGCCGCGGACGAGGUGGCUUCCGGGGUGGACGUGGUUUCCACCGAGGCGGCGGAGGCUUCCCCCCUCGCGGCGGCUACCGCGGUGGCUACCGCGGCCGGGGUAGGGGCUACGCGCCGUAUUAA